CCAGUUAGCGGCGACAGUCUUGUUACUUUGACGUAGAAGAAGAACUUGAAAUCUAGUGCCUCCACCCGGAACGCGGUAUAUCCUUACUGGUCGAGGACUUCAUCUCAGAGGAAGAGUUGAUACAGGGCAAUGUUGUCAUCCUUUGUAAGGACAGCAUUCAGAAAAAGAGCGUGUCUGCUGGGGCAGAACGCAGUGAGAGCCAUGUCUUCCAGCGGAGGUCCCUUCACCUCCCUGGUAGUCAGCCGCCCCACCGAGGCCAUCACACACGUCGAGCUCAACCGCCCGGAGAAACGCAACGCCAUGAACCGGGCUUUCUGGAGUGAGAUGGUGGAUUGCUUCAACCAGAUCGCAGACGACCCGGAGUGCAGAGUAGUCGUGGUGUCAGGGGCAGGCAAGAUCUUCACCGCAGGUAUCGAUCUGAUGGACAUGGCCAGCGACGUGUUGCAGCCAGAGGGCGACGACACGGCGAGGCAGUCGUGGAACAUGAGAAAGAUCAUCACCAAGUACCAAGAAACCUUCUCAGUCAUCGAGAGGUGUCCAAAGCCGGUGUUGGUGGCCGUGCACGGAGCCUGCGUGGGAGGAGGAGUGGACCUGAUCACGGCCUGCGACAUACGCCUGUGUACCCAGGACGCCUGGUUUCAGAUUAAAGAAGUAGACAUCGGUCUGGCAGCGGAUGUAGGAACCCUGCAGAGACUUCCUAAAGUAAUCGGCAGCCGAAGUCUGGUCAAUGAGCUGGCACUGACAGCAAGGAAGCUCUACGCCGAUGAAGCCAAGAGCUGUGGACUCGUCAGUCGGGUGUUUAUGGAUAAGGAGGUGAUGAUGGCGGCCGCCAUGGAGAUGGCCGGGGAGAUCGCGUGCCGCAGCCCUGUGGCGACCCAGGGAACCAAGAUCAACCUUAUCUACUCCCGGGACCACAGCGUGGCCGAGGGGCUGGACUACAUGGCAACGUGGAACAUGAGCAUGCUCCAGACACAGGAUGUGAUGAAAUCUGCCCAGGCGGCCAUGGAGAAGAAGAGUCUGAAGACUGUUCCCUUCUCCAAACUCUGAACCACGACCAACCUGAACUCAUUGGGGGGGGGGGGGGGGGGACUGAACCUGGCAUGAUCUUGGGAGGUUUCAAAAAGAACAAUGUAUGAACGAAAACAUGUCAGCAAGGAGUACACUUAACAUCCUGCCCCAUCUUCAGUACCAUGCGUGCAAUGUAGGCAGGAAUGAUCCAAGUCACUUUUUUCCCCCCAAUCAGAACUUAAAGUUUUAUGGUUUUCAGAAAACCUGGGCAUUUCGUUUGUUGAUCAGUAAAUUGUUAACAUUUAAAUUAUACGUUGGAUGUUACGUCUCAUCUUCAGUGUGAUUCAGUUGUGGCAACGAAAGGCAGACCAUGUGACUUCAAAUCUUGGAAUUUCGUGAGGACCAUGGCAAAUGUUGACCGACUCAAUCCAAAUAAUGAAAGCUCUUGUACCAAGUGUCUUUAACCUGCCUCCUUAACUUGUAAAUGUGUGAAUAAAACAAUGAUUGACGUUGA